AUGCUAUCUAAAGAGUUUAUUGAUAAUCGUGAUGAGCUUGAGGGGAUGCAACGUUCUUCCCGUGAAUCUCGGCGCAUGGCUAUGGAACUUGACCGUAAGGCACUUGAGGAAGAGAAUUUAGAUGCUGAAGAACUGGCUCAGCAAAUGAAUGCGCGUUAUGGUCGUCGCCGAGGUCAUCACAUUCAAUCUGAUUCUAGUAUACCUGUACAAUAUAUUCCUGAUCCAGGAAAAGAAAAAGAUGUUGUUAUUCAAUUUAUGAAACAAUUCAAAGAGAGCGAAUACUCUCAACAUCCACUUGAAAUUUUGUCUGUUACGUGCAGAGAUGCACUAAAAGGAUAUGUAUAUAUUGAGGCUUGGAAACUGGCGCAUGUACAAAAGGCCAUGGUAAAUAUAAAUAACCUAUUUUUGUCGCAAAUAAAACUUGUACCAUUGGGCGAAAGAACACAUGUAUUGACAAUUAAAAGGAAAGAUAUCAAGCUCAAAGAAGGUUCAUGGGCCAAAGUGAAAAAAGGAAAAUACGCGGUUGUGUAUGAAGAGGGUAGUACUGAAGUAAAGAUAAAAUGUGUCCCGCGUAUUGAUGAAAAGGAUGCAAAAACAAUGUCUGUUAAUCCGGCAAAACGAAAGAAAUCAAUAUCUACAUCGACAGUUAAAGUUUAUGAUAGAGGCUAUGUGGGAAAAGACAUAAAAAUCACAAAUUUAAAUAUAGAUAUAAGUCCAACAAUGGAUGAGAUUACGCAGUUUCUUUCAGCAGCUGAUACAGAUGACAAUAAUAGGUCAGAAUCAUCGCUUGGUCUGCCCACAAAAGUUAGAUUCUCACCUGGUGAUGAAGUUGAAGUUAUAAUGGGAACAGAGCGUGGAAUUUAUGGUAUUGUGGAUAUAGUGGAUAAGGACCGUGUUACUUUCACUCGUCAUAAGUCCACACAACAAGUGACCUUCCUGGCGGAUUCUCUGGCAAAGAGAUUUAAUAUAGGAGAUCAUGUCCAAGUACUUAAUGGAUCUCAUCAAGGAGAAGCCGGCAUGGUUGUCAAUAUUGACAAAAGUAAAAGCACAAUUACUCUUUUGUCAGAUACAUCUAUGUCAGAAAUUAAGGUGUUCUCUAAAGAUCUAAAAAAAAUAUCAGAAUCCACAAACGGUAGGCCGUCCGGUGCCGAAUUCGAGUUACAUGAUUUAGUUCAGCUUAUUUCAAAUACUGUGGGUGUGAUUGUUAAUGUUGACGUGAAUUCUUAUCGUGUGGUUGAAUUAAAGGAUGGUGUCGGUGUUCUCUCUACCUAUAAACAAGAAGAAAUAAUUGGAAAAGAAGAUCCAAGACCAUCAACAACAUCACUUGGAAAAAACCAAGUUGUAUUGAAAGUAGGAGACACCGUUCAAGAUAGCAGAAAUGAGAACCGUGAAGGCAAAAUACUUUAUAUUUAUCGAAAAUACGCUUUUGUGUUAAGUCGUGGUGGUUUUGGCGAAGAUGGUGGUAUAUUCGUAGUCGAAUGCAACACACUUACAAACAAUAACUCAAGAACAGCUGGAAUUGCACUUGAUAAAUUAAAUCCAGAAGGGCCAUACAAAGGUUUUAUUGGUAUUGUAAAGGAAACGACUGUGUUAAUGGCGCGGGUAGAAUUACAUACCAAUUGCCAGAUUGUAAAUGUAGAGAAGACUAAGCUGCAUACCAUCGAUUCAAAUGGCAAUAGUCGACCAGUUGUUUCUGCACCAGAUGUUUCAUCCGGUAGAAAUAGUCGAGAGUACAGUCCAGCACCAUCGAACUAUUCAGGUUCGAGCUGGCAAUCAAGCAGCGCAAGAACACCUUCUUCGUGGAACGGUUCGCGAACUCCUACCUGGCAUAAUGCAAUGACUCCGAAUACAAAUACUACAGAAGGAUCACGCACACCAUCCUCAUUUGCUGAGGGAUCACGUACACCGGCAGUUCAUUUCAGUGAAGGAUCUCGCACACCUGCUUGGGAUCUUGAUAGUAAAACCCCGGCUUAUAAUGGUCUUGACGGUUCAAGAACACCUGCUUGGGAUAUUGGAAGUAAAACACCUGCAUACGCUAUAGAUAGCGGUACUCGCACCCCAACUUGGGAUAACGGAUUUCCAGCAACCCCUGCAGCUGAAACUCCGAGCUUUACAGCACCAACACCUGCAGCAGAAACUCCAGGUUUCACUGCUCAAACACCUGCAGCCGACACACCGGCAGCAUUUUCAGCACCAACGCCAGCAAAUACAGGAAGUCUAAUGGUCCCCUCUACUCCUGGCCCUGGGCCGACGACUCCAGCAAGUUUCUUACCACAAACACCAUUUGUUCCAGCUAGUACAAUCCCUACUGGUGGAGACUUUAGACAGAUUAAACAUGAUGCUGUUUCAUCAUCUAAAGAAUGGCUCACCACUGAUAUUCAAGUUCGCAUUGUUCCAGAUUCCAGGACAAGUUCAUCUCAUGCUAGUGGGCAAUACGACAAUCGUGUAGGCGUCAUUAUCCGUUUAGAGUCACCUACAACUUGUAUUGUUGAAUUAGAUGACACGAAAGAGCAUUGUUUUGUUGAACAACGAUAUUUGAAACCCGUCCUUCCUCAAAAGAAGGAAAGAAUUAAGAUGAUUGGAGGAGAACAUAAAGGACAAUUGGGGAUGUUGGUUGGUGUAGAUGGUGCUGAUGGUGUAGUAAAAGUCAAAGGUGGAAAAGAUUUCAAAAUUGUGAAUAUGACUAUGAUGGCUAAAUACAUGGGUGAAGAGAGACCUAUUCUUUUGCAAGGACAUACACGUUCUCUAACUCAAAUAAAGUAUAAUUUGGAGGGAGAUCUUCUUUUCUCUGUGUCUAAAGAUCACGUUGUAAACGUAUGGUAUUCACAUAAUGGUGAACGCUUGGGAACUUACAAUGGCCAUGUUGGGGCUAUUUGGACUGUGGAUUCCAAUUCAACAAGUACUCUUUUAUUAACCGGCUCGGCAGAUAACACUGCUAAACUCUGGGAGGUUCAAACUGGUAAAUGCUUACAUACUUGGGAAUUCAAAACUGCGGUAAAACGCGUUGCAUUUUCUGAAGAUGAUAACAUGGCACUUGCUGUAACCGAACAGCGUAUGGGUUACCCAGGAUCUGUAGUAAUUUUGUCAAUUAAGAACGAUCUUGAAGCGGAACAAUCAGACGAACCUAUCAAUAUCAUAUACCCAAAAGGUUCUAAAGCGAUGUCUGCAGUUUGGGGAUAUCUUAACAAAUAUAUAAUAUCAGGACAUGAAGAUGGAAGUAUUUCACAAUAUGAUUGGAAGACAGGCGAUCAAAUUAAAUCGAUUCACCCACAUACGGCUGAAAUCACUGAUCUUCAAAUGUCAGAAGACCGCACAUAUUUUAUUACUUCGUCGAAAGAUAAAUCUGCUCAGAUUUUUGAAUCUAAUACGUUGAACCAUUUAAAAAAAUAUAUGACUGAUGCACCACUUAAUUCUGCUGCAGUAACACCAUUUCAAGAUUUCGUUAUUGUGGGUGGUGGUCAAGAUGCUAUGCAUGUUACCACAACUACCAUGAGACAGGGUAAAUUUGAAUGCAGAUUUUAUCAUAAAAUUUUGGAAGAAGAAGUAGGUAGAGUCAAAGGACAUUUCGGUCCUAUAAAUACUAUUGCAGUACAUCCUGAUGGAAAAAGUUUUUCAUCCGGUGGAGAGGACGGUUACGUUCGAGUACAUCAUUUUGACGAGGAUUAUUUCAAAUUUAAAUACCCAGAGUUACAUUAG